GUUGAUCGGAUCCACAAUAUGACGAUUAUCGUCGUUGAAUGUAGUUACUUGGCAGACGGAGGAGGAAAAGGUUAUCAAUAUUUAUGCAGCUUUCAAUACGAUAGCACAAGGACAAGCAUCGUCUGACAGAGAGACCAACAGCGUCAUUACUGGUUAUUUCGGUAAGGCUUUGUGAUCAAGUUAUGAAUUCAAGUACACAAUUCGCUUUAGAGGCUUCGAAGGCUGUGAAUGCCAGCGACAACAGUACCCUUACUCUGGAAAGUUGUGGUAUUGUAUUUCCAAAUGAGAUAAUAAUCACUAUACACUUUUUGACGCUCUUUACGUCCUUGAUAGGAAACACUCUCCUCAUCGUUGCAUUUCUGAGAAUGAAAGAAACGAUACUGCUCCUCAUUGCCAACAUGGCUGCAUCUGACCUACUCUUAGCGCUGGUUCUUAUGCCUGAAUUGAUUAUAUAUGAACUAACUGGGUCCUUCGAAUACCACGUUCGUGGUGGUGUAGGUACUUUUCUGUGUAAGAUCUGCCCUGUUCUAAGCGACGCAUCAUUGUCAGUAUCAACCCAAAGCUUAGUCUUGAUCGCAGUCGAGCGGUUACUGGCACUAAUGGCUCCUGUGCUCUAUAGGAGGAUAACCGAUAGUAAACGGAGGAUUAUCGUCAUCUGCACUUGGAUUGUGGCCAUACUUCUUCACUCGCCCUAUUUCUACGCGAUGCGAAUAGCUUCGAUCCUUCACGAAGGUACCUUUAUCCAAGUUUGUUAUCUAGACUGGGCACCAAUUUUUGAACACAGAACAGCACAACUUCGUUAUGGUAUUUUUUUAUACAUAACCGUUUUAAUUGUACCUAUUCUUAUAAUUUCUGUGCUUUACACUGUAAUCGUUUUCAACCAACGAAAUGACAAAAUGGGCUCCAGUCGAGGUGAAAAGUGUGCAAUACGAAAGAAACGAAGCGUCAAGAAUUUAAAACGGAUGGCUGUAGCUACAGUAACGGCACUAUUUUUAUGCUGGACGCUUUAUAUCAUAGUGCAUUCAUUCAAACUUGUCUCUCCAGAGACAGUUCCCAAAUGUAGUAAAUUUUUCCAGGCGGUGGAAACUGUGUCUAGCUUGAUAGCAAGCUGUUAUUGUGCAGUUAAUCCCUCCCUUUGUUUCAUUUUCAUCAAAAGUUUUUCGCGUCAGCUAAGUUUUUUGUGUCAACGAAAAUCUAAUCGACAGCGUGGCGCGAAGUGUACUCACGCGAAUGUCAAAAUGGGAGAAUCUGGUUCUGUCAGUUGUCUGACGAGAUUAAGUUUACGUGGCAGUUAUACUAAAUAAUCCUUAUCAAUAGCUCUGUCAAA